GGGGACACGGACACUCUGGGCCGCGUGCAGGACCAACUCGGGGCUGUGCAAAAUGUCAUGCGGCAAAACGUGGAUCAGAUGCUGACAAACAUCGAGCACGCUCAGACUCUCGAGACGUCAUCCGCCGAGCUCUCCUCCAACGCGCGCGCGUUCCAAAGUGCCGGGCGCCGCGUGCGCAAACAGAUGUGGUGGCAGAAUUUGAAGAUGAAGCUCUA